AUGGGUGAGGAGGAUUGGUCCGAGACUCAACAACAGCCACGCAAGAGAUGGACUCUCGAGCAACUCAAGGGUGGAAACACCUUCCUGUCCCAACAAUCUGGAACCAACAAAUUCGAGACACAAAAGGGAAUGACUGCUCCGGGUAUGCCAAGAUGGAACAUCACCAAGGAUAAGAAGCAAGGAUACAUCGCCCCAGACCAGAGAUCUGAGAACGUUCUCCGUGUGCAAUGCGGAACCAACCAAUACGCAUCCCAGAAGGGAGAGACUCCAAUUGGAGCUUCCCGCUUCCAGGUCCCAAAGAUCGCCUACAAGAAGGAAUGGGAGACUAUUCUUGAUAAGGAGGGAGAGAAGCUCAUUCCAAAGCAAGCCGGAGAUUACGGACUUGCUUCCCAAGCCGGAGAAGUCAGCAUGGGAGGACACAGAAACCAAGUUGCUCUCAUCCGUGGACGUCUUCCACACGAUCGUCGUACUCACGGAGUUCUUUGCUUCCAGAAUGGAACCAACUUGUUCGCUUCCCAAACCGGAAUGUCCGCUCCACCAGGACUCGGAGCCGUCCGUCAAGCUACCCAGAAGAUCGAGGGACUCGAGCUUGGAGAAGACGUUCUCCGACGAGGAACCGAAUUCACCCCAUGGUACUCUGGCCAGAACAAGUUCGCCACCCAAGCCGGGUCCGGAGGUUUCCUUAAGGUCCGUGACGUUCUUCCACACACCGUCGGAGGAAAAGACAUCGAGGAGGAUCUCAAGCAGAAGUCCGAGGGAAUCGUUCCACUUCAAUCUGGAACCAACAAGUUGGCUUCUCAACGUGGAAUGACCGGAUUCGGAACCCCAAGAAACACCAUGCUCCGAGCUGGAUGGAAGAAGGAAUGGAUCGAGGAUUACGAGGCUGCUCUCAAGGAGUGGGAAGAGACCAAGCCACCAGGCAGCGCUUCUUCUGUCGACCCAUUCGGUCACUACAAGAAGAAGUUCGAGGAGCGCGAGUCUUCCCGCCAAUCGGAGAUCGAUGCUCAAUCGGUCAAGGCUAACGAGCCGGUCGAGCCAGAGCCAGAAGAGGAAGAGGAGGAAGAAGAGGAGGAGAAAGUAACGAUAUCAGAUAUUAGUAGAUGGAUUUGUUAA